CUGAUUAUGCAGUUGUUAGCCUUUAACUUACUUGAUUGUAGAUCUCUUGUGUCUGCGUAUCUCGGUAUCGUAGAUCUAGUGAAAAGUGCGUUCCACAAUUGAUUUGGAUAUGAAUACAUGAAAACGAUUUCUUUGUGUAAUUGUGCGUUCUAUAGUUAAAGAUUUCUCUUAUUUAACUAUCGUUAUCUAUAACGAUGUCUCUAAUUAUGUGCAUAUAUCAAUGUGCUAUACAUAUAUCAAUGUGUGAUAAUUGUGAUAAAUAAUGUGCAAUCAAUGUGCUAAUUCAAACAAAUUAUCAUGUUGUUUGAAUUAAUACAUGAAAUAAUGUUAAGGAAAUGCGUAUUUUACAUCGAUGGCUGAAUACAUUGGAUACAAUAAUAAUAAUAUAAGGUCAAACACAUGGUGUGUUAUCUUAAUUGCAAUACGUUAUAAAUAAUUUUGAACUUGUUUUGUGUACACCUAUCGCGCUUUUAAGAUAACUGAUGUUGUCACGUGCGUUAGUCUAGCUCGAACUUAUAUAAACACAUACGCGCAGCACAAGCGAUUAAACCGAUGUCGUAUAUCGUCUGAAACGCUUGCUAUACACCUGAGAUGCUUCUGAUUGUGAGAAAUUCAUAACAUUUGCGGUUUUGUGAUUUGCGAAUAUUUGCGAAUAUAUAAAAUGAGUAUAUCAUUAAAUUCACUCGCUAAGAUUGUCGAUUAUCUUCCAAAAGAUAUUGGAAAACUUUGGUAUCUUGUAAGUCCAAAGGAGACGACUUUCGAGUUUCUACACGAGGUGCCGGACUAUCAACAACAGAUAUGGAUGCCGUUUUUUCUGCUGUUGAUUCUGGAGCAGUUAAUAUUGAGGAAAAAAAGAUUCCGUUUAAAUGAUCAAGUGACAUCAUUAUCUCAUUGGAUGCUCCACGAAACUAUUCGAAUUUUUUCUCGCGGUGCUGAGUAUUACGUAUACAUUGUCAUUUAUGAGAAGUUUGGCAGAGGAUGCACUUUACCUUGGAAUUCGUUAUGGACUUGGUGUAUUACCUUCGUUACCGUGGACUUUUCUUAUUAUUGGGCUCAUCGCAGUAAUCAUGAAGUUCACUUCCUGUGGGCCCACCAUCAAGUGCAUCAUAGCAGUGAGGAAUUUAACCUUGCAGUUGGUCUACGACAAUCCAUUCUGCAACACUGGUGCAACUUCGUAAUGUAUUUACCUCUUGCCUUUUUUAUACCACCAUCACACUUUAUGGUUCAUAAUCAACUCAAUUUGAUAUAUCAAUUGUGGAUACAUACAACAGUCAUUCGUGAUCUUGGGCCACUCGAGUUAAUUUUUAAUACACCUAAGCAUCAUCGUGUUCAUCAUGGCUGCAAUCUUUAUUGCUUGGAUAAGAAUUACGGCGGUGUACUUAUAAUAUGGGAUCGAUUGUUUGGUACAUUUCAAGAAGAAGAACAAAAAGAAGAGAUAGUUUAUGGAUUAGUAGUCAACAUUGAAUCAUUUAACGCGUUCUAUCUGCAGAUAUUUUAUUUAAAAGAUUUAAUUAAGAAAAGUAUAAGUAUGAGUACGUGGGCUGAUAAGUUUGCCGUUUUCUGGAAAGGUCCCAGUUGGUUUCCAGGUAGCCCACGUUUGGGUUUAGAUGAAUAUAAAAUAAAGGUCAAACCCAGAACCGUAUAUGAUCCUUUUGUACCAAAAUAUCAAAAAAUAUAUAUCGGUGUGCAGUUUCUGAUGGUUCUUUUCAAUCAUUAUAAAUUAUAUGAACCACAAUAUUAUGAAUUCUGUUUUCAGAAUUUAAACAAUCCUUGGGUGAUAAUUACAGUGACAAACAACUUAAUUGCUUUCAUUAGCAUCGGUUUGUUAUUUGAUAAGUAUGAGUUUAUAUAUUCCAGCAUUAUUGAAAUCGUGCGCUGUGCCUUUUAUGUGUACUUCAUGCAUAUGUAUCAAGAUAACUUUAUUGAUUAUUUGAUAUAUUAUGUACACGUAUUUCAAUUGGGCUUUAUUUGGAUACCUUUUUUUGCAUAUAAAAUUUAUGCAUGUAUAUACACAUAUACUUGUUUUUUUUAUUCGCGAGCACUGAUAUUCUAUCAAAGAUCUUGAGAAAAAGGAUUGAGAAUUUAUACACACACGGGCCCGCGCGUGUAUAUGUGUGUUUGAAAUAUUACAGUUUUAAAGCAUCAUACAUAAAAAGAAUCUCAAAAAACUUUUCUGUCAAUUCACAUAUUAAGAAACAUAAUCUUAUUUUAUUCUAUUACACGUAGCAAACGUUACAUGAAUUCGUAAUACAUGCGACCUGUCUGGAUGAAAAUAUAUAAAUUUUUCUCUUAAUAAUAAUAAUUGAGUUCCUAAUAGACUUGGUAUCAAAAAUUAUAUCAGAAUUUCAUUAUGUAUUGAAAUGUGUUUUAUUUUUGCUCGAUAUAUGUUUUGUAAAUGGAGAAAUUAUAAUUUAUUUACAAAGUGUAAAAAUUGAAUUGAUUUGUCGUCAUUAAUUCGUAUCAUUGCAAUCCUCUCAAUAUUUCCGUACUGUUUCGUUGUUUAUGGUUCAAUAAUCUAUUAACACUAUUAACGUAUCUACGGUUAUACUAGUGGAUCAAUUAAAACGUUGAAAAUAUUGUGUGUAAAUAAGCACGUUAGAUGCUAGCUUAACAUGUAAGAUGUACAUGUAUGUAUAUACAUAAAAUAAGUUUGUGUACUUAUGUCACAUAAAUACGUCACAAUAACAGAA